AUGAAAAGCCAAGGGAGAAACUGCACGCAGACAGUCGAAUUCAGCUUAAUGGGGUUCACAGGAAAUCUAGAGCUUCAGCUCACCCUUUUCACUGCCUUUCUGGUAGUUUAUCUCAUGACUUUGCUAGGGAACCUGGGGAUAAUCAUAUUAAUUAGGACCAGCCUUCAGCUCCACUCCCCCAUGUAUUAUUUCCUCGGGAAUCUGGCUUUGGUAGACCUCCUCUACUCCACAGUUGUCACCCCCAAGCUGCUGGCUGACUUGGUCAGGCAGAAGCCCCUCUCCUACGUGGGAUGUGUCACCCAGGUCCUUGUGUUCGGCGUCUUCCUGGUCACCGAAUGCUUCCUGCUGGCCAUGAUGGCCUACGACCGCUACAUGGCCGUUUGUCACCCGCUGCGCUAUUCGGUCCUUAUGUCCCCGAGGCUCUGUGUCCAGCUGGUGGGUGGCUCCUACUUGACCGGGCUGGUGAAUGGCAUGGGGCAAACCAUCGGCAUGUUUAAUCUGUCCUUCUGUGGCUCCGUCGUGGUCAACCUGUUCUUCUGUGACCUCUCUCUGCUGGUCUCUCUCUCCUCAUCUGACAGUACUCUCACUUCUCUUACAAUAACAGUUCCGACAUUUUUAUUCGGCGUCUCCAGCGGCCUUGUUGUCCUGGUCUCCUACAUCGCCAUCAUCUCCACCAUCCUGAGCAUCCGCUCAGCCAAGGGCAAGUGCAAAGCCUUCUCCACCUGCGCCUCCCACCUCACCACCGUCAGCAUUUUCUACGGGAACGGCCUCUUUGUUUAUUUAAAGCCAAGCUCGCUCAAGUCGAGAGAAGAAGACAAGUGGGUUGCAGUGCUCUACACCAUGGUGACCCCCAUGCUGAACCCCCUGAUCUACAGCCUGAGGAACCAGGAGGUGAAGGAGGCUUUGAGGAGACUCAGAGCCAGGAAAAGAACCUGA